GGGGAAAAGGAAAGGGGCAAGAAAGAGGGCCAGAGGAGAGGAAGGGACUGCAGUCCUGGAACGCUUUGGCGAGUCAGGACCCUAAGUAACAGGACCUGGGAUUGGUGGAAAGUCUAGACUGGCAGACGCUGCCAACCGUUCAGAGAGCGCAUUCAUUUAUUUGGGAAGAGAGGAGAGGGAGAGAGUUCACGGCGAAGUGGAUGGAAGGGGAUCCGGGUUUCCGCGGCACUGGGAAUCGCGAGCCGGGACUAUGGCACUGAGACCGGCGCGGAGCAGCUGCGCGCCGGAGGACGCGUCUCCUCCAGGAGGACCAGCGGGCGUCGGAAACGGCUGCGCACAGAGGAACCAACUUGUGGCUCCAGACCGUCCCCAACGCAGCUGGAAAUGAGAUCAAAGCUGCAGUUUCAUUCCAGAAGGAUGAGAGGAGCCAGUGAUUAGAGAUUUUUUUUAACCCUCUUCAUUCCCGUUUCGUUACUCCCCCUUUUUUUCCUUUAAAUAUAUAUUUAUUAUAUAUUUUUUCUUUUUAAAAUUACCCAACACCACGUCAGCCCCGUCACUUUGCUCUCCCUGCUUGAAAUAAAAGCCUAGCCUUAACUUCCACAACCUUGGGGACUCAAGAUCUACGGCCGGAUGAUGGAGAAGGGGACACCGGUGCUGGCACGGGCCGCUGGCGAGGGACCGCAUCAAGCGUCUCUCCGGUGAUCCCUGCUCUGAUAGCCGAGUUCAGCUAUACCUGGAGGACCUGUACCUAGUGCUGGGGGUGGGGGAGGGGACCCAGUGAAAGCCACCCUGAGCCUUAAAAAAAAAAAAAAAAGUAGCUGACCGGGGGCGGAACGGGAUUGUUCUUGACAGCUGACGGAGCCUUGAAAUUUUCCUCCUCUACCUCCGCCCCCUCCCCCGCCCCUGCCCCCCGCACUCCAUUUAACGUGAGAUUAUGAAAUCGCAGAGGCGGUGGAGGGAAGGCGACGGGAUCUAACAGGGAGUUUGGAGAGGCGAGAGGGAAGGUGGCUGGGUGGCUGAAAUCAAAAAUCCAAUUGCGCACUGGGUUGUGAUGAGAAAUCUAAUCAGAUCUUUGACGAAGGGGCCGGCCGGAAGGGUAGCCGGUGGGGGCAGUUGAUCCCUAAAUUCUCCGACAGGAAAACUGGGGAAAGGAAUCGAGGAUGUAAAGAAAAGACUUUUUGUUCUUUUUUUCUUUCUUUCUUUCUUUUUUUUCUUUCUUUUUUUCCUUUUCUUUUUCUUUCCUCCCCCCACCCCCGGAGGAGGUGGCUGUUGGGUGCCUUGCUAAAAUGAAGGAUACGGGACGCAGCUCUCUCUCGGAGCAGAACGCAGAGGAUAAGCUGAUGGUGCCAGAGAGGAGAAAGAAUGAAGCUUUUUCUUGUGAGACCUGGAUCGUAACAUAAAUGUGUAUAUGGCCACACGGGGAGCAUUGGGGGGAAAAUGAAAUAAGCUGAUGUCAGACCUGCGGGGUUUGGUGUGUUCUGACAUAAAUAAUCAUAAAAUAGCUGUCCCCCUCCCCCAAGGAUGUUUGGAAAUGGAGAACUGAGGAUCCACAAAGAAAAAGUGUGCUCAUUUUUCUCUAUAAAAGAGAAAGUACGCCAAGGAGAUAUUUUUGGAAUGAAAAGUUUGGGGCUUUUUUUUUAGAAAAGUAAAGACCUGAUACAUAUAUAUUUUUUUCUUUUGGAAUUUCCCACAAGAGGAGAGGAAAUUAAUAAUACAUCUGCAAAGAAAUUCCACUGACGAAAAGUUGACCGUGGAAGAACGAAGCAUUGAUUGGGAAAGAAAUCAGCAGAGGACUCUUGGAUCGGUGCCCGUGUUGACUAAAAUUGAAGGAUAAUUGCAGUUGGAUUUUUUUUCUUCACCAACCUCCUUUUUUUUUCUUUCUUUCUCGUUUUCUUUUGGUGUCAAGACCAUGCAUUGUUUCUUGUUCUUAACCACCUGGAUUUCCCUCGGGAUGUAGCUGUGCUGAAAUACAGUUGGCAAACACGUUCCCUAUUUACUGCAUAGAGACCCCAAUGGAGAACAAGACUGUUUGAACUCCAGAAGGACCAACAUCAGAUAAAUUAUGAAUGUUGAACAAGAUGACCUUACAUCCACAGCAGAUAAUGAUAGGUCCUAGGUUUAACAGGGCCCUAUUUGACCCCCUGCUUGUGGUGCUGUUGGCUCUUCAACUUCUUGUGGUGGCUGGUCUGGUUCGGGCUCAAACCUGCCCUUCAGUGUGCUCCUGUAGCAACCAGUUCAGCAAGGUGAUUUGUGUUCGGAAAAACCUUCGUGAGGUUCCUGAUGGCAUCUCCACCAACACUAGGCUGCUGAACCUCCAUGAGAACCAAAUCCAGAUCAUUAAAGUGAACAGCUUCAAGCAUUUAAGGCACUUGGAAAUCCUCCAGUUGAGCAGGAACCAUAUUCGAACCAUUGAAAUCGGGGCCUUCAAUGGUCUGGCGAACCUCAACACUCUGGAACUCUUUGACAAUCGUCUUACCACCAUCCCGAAUGGAGCUUUUGUAUAUUUGUCUAAACUGAAAGAGCUCUGGUUGCGGAAUAACCCUAUUGAAAGCAUCCCUUCCUAUGCUUUUAACAGAAUCCCUUCUUUGCGCCGCCUAGACUUAGGGGAAUUGAAAAGGCUUUCAUACAUCUCAGAAGGUGCCUUUGAAGGUCUGUCCAACUUGAGGUAUUUGAACCUUGCCAUGUGCAACCUCCGGGAAAUUCCUAACCUCACGCCACUUGUCAAACUUGACGAGCUAGAUCUUUCUGGGAACCAUUUGUCUGCAAUCAGGCCUGGCUCUUUUCAGGGGUUGAUGCACCUUCAAAAACUGUGGAUGAUACAGUCUCAGAUUCAAGUGAUUGAACGGAAUGCCUUUGAUAACCUUCAGUCACUAGUGGAGAUAAACUUGGCACACAACAAUCUAACAUUACUGCCUCAUGACCUCUUCACACCCUUGCAUCAUCUAGAGAGGAUACACCUUCAUCACAACCCAUGGAACUGUAACUGUGACAUCCUGUGGCUCAGCUGGUGGAUAAGAGACAUGGCCCCCUCCAACACGGCUUGUUGUGCCAGGUGUAACACUCCCCCCAAUCUGAAAGGGAGGUACAUUGGGGAGCUGGACCAGAAUUACUUUACAUGUUAUGCUCCUGUAAUUGUGGAGCCCCCCGCAGACCUCAAUGUCACUGAAGGCAUGGCAGCAGAGCUGAAAUGUAGGGCAUCUACGUCCCUGACUUCUGUAUCUUGGAUUACUCCUAAUGGAACAGUCAUGACCCACGGGGCAUACAAAGUGCGGAUAGCUGUGCUCAGCGAUGGUACUUUAAAUUUCACAAAUGUAACUGUGCAAGACACAGGCAUGUACACAUGUAUGGUGAGUAAUUCUGUUGGCAACACCACUGCUUCUGCCACCUUGAAUGUUACUGCGGCAACCACUACUCCAUUCUCGUACUUUUCAACUGUAACAGUAGAGACUAUGGAACCUUCUCAGGAUGAGGCACGGACCACAGAUAACAAUGUGGGCCCCACUCCAGUGAUCGAUUGGGAGACCACCAAUGUAACCACAUCUCUUACGCCACAGAGCACAAGGUCGACAGAGAAAACAUUCACCAUCCCAGUAACUGACAUCAACAGCGGAAUCCCAGGAAUUGAUGAGGUCAUGAAAACAACCAAAAUCAUUAUUGGGUGUUUUGUGGCCAUCACACUCAUGGCUGCCGUGAUGCUGGUCAUUUUCUACAAGAUGAGGAAACAGCACCAUCGGCAAAACCACCAUGCUCCAACAAGGACUGUUGAAAUCAUUAACGUAGAUGAUGAGAUCACUGGGGACACGCCCAUGGAAAGCCACCUGCCCAUGCCUGCGAUUGAGCAUGAGCACCUAAACCACUAUAACUCUUACAAAUCUCCCUUCAACCACACAACAACAGUAAACACAAUAAAUUCAAUACACAGUUCAGUGCAUGAACCGUUAUUGAUCCGAAUGAACUCUAAAGACAAUGUACAAGAGACUCAGAUAUAAAACAUUUACAGUUACAGAAAACAAACAAUCAAAAAAAAAAAAGACAGUUUAUUAAAAAAAUGACACAAAUGACUGGGCUAAAUCUACUGUUUCAAAAAAAGUGUCUUUACAAAAAAAACAAAAAGAAAAGAAAUUUAUUUAUUAAAAAUUCUAUUGUGAUCUAAAGCAGACAAAAUUAUGUGUAUUCCUCAGAACCUGUUUUUGCUGCACUUACUAUUUUCCCACACCUCCUCUCUCCCCUCCCGAUUGCCAUAUUUUUCAUAGAUCUCAACUCCCCAAAGAACUGGUCUAGGAAAUUUUGUAAGAAUUCUGUUACACUUUGAGAUUUUUAUGGUGAAUUCUAGUGGUGAGAUCCAGUCUAUUUUGUCUCUUUCUCUCUUGAUUUUUUUUCAUUAUUUUCUUUUUCCUUCAUGCCCUUAUGAAAUAGUCCAAUGGGGAAUGCAAUAUUAGAAAUAGAUUUUUAAGAAAGAAUGAGGAAAAAUGCAAGAUCAUAUAUUUUUCAUGUAAUGACCUGUUCUGUAUUUACGAGGAGGACAUUCUGUGGAGAAAGAAAAAAAAAGUAAGCAAACAACAGAUUAAUUUACAUAUGAGCAUCUAUAAAACCCAUGACUUUUAAAAAAAUCCUCUAGAACCAGAAUUUGUAGUUCAAAAGCUUAAAAUAAGAUUAUAAAUAAAAUAUUGUUGGUUUUUCUGU